AUGGAAAGUAGACGAAAGGGAUCGAAGGUGGUGGACGACGUCGAAUACGACGAGGAAGAGGUGACUUGUGAUUGUGGGCUUAGGGAUUCUCGAAGAAUUUCUCGCACAGCCACGAACCCGAAUCGAAACAUUUUUGGAUGCCCAAAUUUUGGUGUGAUGGCUAAAGAACCUUGUGAUUUCUUUGAGUGGUACGACAUAGGAGCUGUUGUGUUCAAAUCGACAAGAAUGUUGUCCGAAGCUGUUGUGAAGUUGACACUCGAGAAUCAAGAGCUUCGUGCUUCGUUAGAGAGACUUGGUGCUACACCUGGCAGCGUUAAUAUAGCUGAAGAGUUGCAGAUUAUGAAGCAGAGGCUGGAGCGUUUGGAGAUAGAAUCUUCAAGGAAGAAGGGAUUGUAA